AUGACUGCAAUCAUCAAAGAAGCAGGGGGGCCAGAUCACGGAGCGGAGUCAGAUAUCAAACAUCAGAUGGAGAUGGCCGAGUAUGAGAAACAGCCCAUAAGUAUAGAACAACAGCAAGUGGAGGAGCCGGUGGUGACCCCAAAGACAUGGGUGGUCGUCAUGAUCCUAUCACUUGGCUAUGGAGUCUCGUUCUGGCCAGUCCCUGCCAUGGCUGCAGUUGGCACAGGGAUCGCAGCUGGAUUUGGCAAUGCUGCUGAUGCUGCUUGGUUCAUCCCAGCAUGGACUCUUUCUAUCACCGUCUGCUUUAUGAUUUGUGGAGCGAACACAGACUUACUCGGCCGCCGCUGGUUCCUGGUCGGCGGAAACGUCUUCUGCUUCAUAGGCGAAAUCAUUAUUGCAACAGCCAAAAACAACACUGCGGUCAUCGUUGGAAUGGCCUUGGCCGGCUUCGGCGGAGGGAACUGUCAGAUGGCCGCGUUUGCCCUGUCGGAGCUACUUCCAAACAAAUGGCGACACAUCGGAGUCGUCCUGGCAGACUUGUCGGUGUUUGUCGCGGUGACAAUUGCCCCUGUGACCGGCAGGUAUGGCUUGAUUACCGAUACCUGGCAGUGGAAUUUCUAUUCCGGAGCGAUAGCUCAGGCGUUUUCAUUUGUUGGUCUGUAUUUGCUCUACUUCCCGCCGGCGCACCCUUACAACAUGGACCCAAGGCAGCUUAUCAAGGAGUUGGACUACCUGGGCAUGGCCUUGUUUACUGCGGGCGCUGUUCCUGUUCUGAUGGGUCUGGUGUACACUACGAUCUAUCCGUCCAGUGAUUUACACGUUGUGGUUUCGUUUGCCGUCGGCUUUUUCAUUCUCAUCCUUUUCGCCCUUUGGGAGACGUUUGGCCACACCAAGCAUCCCCUCACACCGACCUACAUGUUCACAUCGUCGUACGGUCGCGACCUAACCGCCCCGUGUAUUGCCCUCGGCAUGAUAAACAUGUUCUACUACUCCAGUAGUAUCCUCUGGCCAACGAUGAUUAACGUGUUCUAUACAGACAAUGGCUCGGACUGGAGGUAUGCCAGCCUUCUCUCAAUUGUGCAGGGUUUGGCAAUCACUACCGGUGGCACCUUGUUGGCAAUCUUCGGACGACGAAUUCGACACUGGCACUGGCAGAUGGGAGGGACUUUCACAAUUACCGUUGUCUUUGGAGUGCUCUUAGCAUUAGGAAACCCACACAACAAAGGCUUGAUGAUAGCAUGCACCUUUCUCUGCCAGAUGGCAUAUGCAUGGUGCGUGUAUCUAGCCAUCGCUGUCUCUCAGAUGGGAGUCGACCAUCGAGACUUGGGUCAUAGUGGAGGGAUAUCAGGCGUUGCACGCUUCGCAGCCGGAACAAUCGGGGUUGCAAUCUACACCACGGUCCUGUCAAAGACGGUGACGAAACGCAUAGCCGAAUACGUGCCCGCGGCUGCAAGAGCCGCCGGCCUUCCGACCUCCCGUAUCAACGAUCUGAUCUUGGCCUUGGGAAAACCCAACCUUGAUCAGGCAUUCCCUGCCCCAGUCGCGGUGGCGGCGACAAAGGCAUGGCAACGGGCCUAUGAGAAAGCAAUCCAGAAUGUCUGCUGGUGUUCCCUCGCUUUUGGCAUUGUCGGAAUCAUUGCUUGUGUACUUUGCAAAGACAUCGAGCCGAAGAUGAACGAUAAGAUCGAAGUGUACAUGGAGAACACGGAAUACGCGGAUAGGAAUCAACGCUGA